CUCUCUAUAUUCCCAUUGAAUCCUUCCACAUUUUCUCAUUCAUUUCAACCAUGAUGAAUCAGAAGAACCAAUUGAGUUAAGUUCCAUAAAGCAGAAUAACGAAGAAGCAGAGUCAUGUUUGCAGGAAAAUUUGUAUUCAUCGUCUUCUUGAUUUUAGUCACAGGAAGAGAAGCCAUUGGAGACUUACUUGAUUCCGACAAGGAGGCACUCCUCGGACUCAGAUCAUUUCUAGAACAGGGGAAUAAAGUGAAUCAAGGGGCCUAUAAGCAAUGGGACUCACAAGCAUCGUCGCCUUGCACAUGGCCGGGAAUUUCCUGCUCCGGCAACCGAGUCAUCGGGAUCAACCUCUCCUACAACAACAUUGCUGGAAAGAUAUUCGGGAACUUCUCGGCUUUGACGGAGCUUGCUUACCUCGACUUAUCGACAAACACCAUCGGCGGCAGCCUUCCGGUGGACUUGGGUAGCUGCCAAAACCUCAAAGUAUUGAACCUGUCACACAACAUGAUUGAUGGUGAGCUUAAUUUGAGUGGACUCAGCAGCCUGGAAAUAUUAGACUUAUCCGUCAACAGAUUCUCCGGCAACAUUUCCAUGAGUUUUCCGAUUAUCUGCAGCAGCCUAGUGGUUGCUAACCUCUCGGAAAAUAAAUUCUCGGGAGAAAUUGGAAGCUCAAUUGAUGGGUGCCCCAAGCUGGAAUACGUCGACUUGAGCGCAAAUUCACUCACCGGAAACCUCUGGUUUGGAUUCCACAGGUUCAAGAAGUUUGCAGUGUGUGAAAACCGGCUAAACAACAAGCUCCAGACCUGGAUUUUUCCAGAAAACUGCAGUUUACAGGAAUUGGACCUGUCGGAAAACUCACUCGCUGGAGAAAUCCCCAAGGAGAUUUCAAAUUGCAAGAAUUUAACCAUCUUAAACCUGUGGGGAAACUACUUCUCUGGGAAAAUUCCAGGAGAACUUGGAUUGAUUCCAAACCUUCAACAGCUUUCCUUAGGCAACAACACCCUUGACAGCCAAAUUCCAGAAUCUUUACUUGGCUUGAAGAAGUUGGAGUUCUUGGAUUUAAGCAGGAACAGUUUUGGAGGCGAUAUACAAGAGAUUCUCGGACAUCUAACUCAAGUCAAAACUCUGCUCCUACAUUCGAACAGAUACUCCGGCGGGUUGAGCACAUCAGGAAUACUCCGGCUGCAGAAUGUUUCAAGCCUAGACCUGAGUUACAACAAUCUGUCAGGUCUGUUGCCGGUCGAAAUCUCUCAGAUGGCAAGUUUGAAGUACUUAUUUCUUGCAAACAACCAAUUCUCCGGCAGCAUACCUUCAGAAUACGGAAGCUUGCUAGGACUCCAAGCUCUUGAUCUCUCUAACAAUCACCUAGACGGACCAAUCCCACCAAGUUUCGGACAUUUGUCGUCUCUUUUAUGGUUGAUGGUUGCUAAUAAUUCAUUAACGGGCCAAUUGCCACCAGAGUUAGGGAAUUGUAGCAGCUUGUUGUGGCUGAAUCUUCAAAACAAUCAACUCACCGGUCCAAUUUGGCCGGAGCUUACCAACAUGGGGAAGAAUGCUACACCGACUUUCCUAAUAAACAGACAAGAUAGUCUCAUUGAGGACUCAGGAGAAUGCUCGACCUUGAGAAGAUGGAUACCAGCGGAUUACCAGCCAUUCAGCUUUGUGUAUACACUUCUUAACAUGAAGAAAUGUAAGAGUUUAUGGGAUAAGAUACUUAAAGGAUAUGGGAUUUUUCCGGUUUGCCUCCCGGAAUCCAACAUCCGAGUACAGCCGAUAUCGGGCUAUCUUCAACUCAGUGGAAAUCGUUUAUCUGGACAGAUACCGCCGGGUAUCGGGAAGAUGGGUGACUACAGCAUGUUGCACGUGGGGGGAAACGAAUUUUCCGGUACACUUCCAGAUGAGAUCGGAGGAAUGACGCUCGUUGUGUUGAAUGUUUCUCAAAACAAAUUCUCUGGUCGAGUUCCAAGGCAGCUUGGCAAUCUCAAGUGUUUGAGGAAUCUUGACUUAUCAUACAACAAUUUCUCUGGUAAAUUUCCGACCAACUUGAACAAUUUGACAGAUUUGAGUAGCUUCAACGUCUCCUACAAUCCGUAUAUCUCAGGCUCCAUUCCAGAGACGGGACAACUUGCUACUUUUGAGAUAUGGUCAUAUCUCGGUGACCCAUUGUUACGCCUGCCUUCUUUCAUAGACAAUUCAUCAAACACUUCAUCUGCAACCAGUGACGGGAUAUCAACACCACAAAAAUGGGGAGCAGUUUUGGUUUUCAUCUUUCUAUUGCUAGCUUUCUUGGUGUGUGGUGUCAUGACAAUCAUCGUCUGCCUAGCAACCAAGAGCACUUCCGAUCAACCACAAUUUCUGCUGUGGGAAACAAAGUCUGGAAAUGGCACCGCCGGCUCUUCACCGUGGUUAUCCGACACGGUGAAGGUAAUCAGUUUGGACAAAACGGCGUUCACACAUGCAGACAUUUUGAAUGCGACGGGAAACUUCUCAAACGACAGAAUCAUAGGGAGGGGUGGUUUUGGGACGGUUUACCGAGGAGUAUUGCCGGACGGCAGAGUCGUGGCAGUGAAAAAGAAGCUAAGAGAGGGCAUAGAGGGGGAAAAAGAGUUUAAAGCUGAAAUGGAAGUACUCACCGGAAAUGGCUUCGGCUGGCCACACCCAAACCUCGUGACACUUUAUGGAUGGUGCUUGGAUGGAUCGGAAAAACUACUGGUUUACGAGUAUAUGGAAGGUGGCACUUUAGAAGAUCUGAUUCACGAUAGAAUUGGGUUCCCAUGGAGGCGGCGAAUCAAUGUCGCCAUUGAUGUAGCUCAUGCCUUGGUGUUCUUACACCAUGAGUGUAAUCCUGCAAUCGUUCAUCGAGACGUAAAAGCUAGCAAUGUGUUACUAGACAAGAAGGGGAAGGCUCAUGUGACGGAUUUCGGGCUGGCUCGGAUUAUGGACGCCGGCGACAGCCAUGUUAGCACGAUGGUGGCUGGGACGGUUGGGUAUGUGGCACCGGAGUAUGGGCAAACAUGGCAAGCCACCACAAAAGGUGAUGUCUAUAGCUACGGUGUGUUGGUAAUGGAGUUAGCGACAGGGAGGAGGGCGGUGGAAGGUGGAGGGGAGUGUUUGGUUGAGUGGUCGAGAAGGGUGAGGGGGCGGCGGUUUGUGAUUCCGAUGUCGUUCUUGGUGUCGGGGAUGAGUGAAGGAAUGGUUGAAAUGCGUGACUUGUUAUGGUUGGGAGUGAGGUGCACAACUGAUGAACCUCAAUCCCGACCAAAUAUGAAGGAGGUUCUAGAUACUUUGGUUCGAAUUUCUGCUAGGUCCAAGGGAUUUUAGUUAUGG